GGCGCACUUGUUUCAUAAGCCGGGUCAAGCCGGUUGGUACUUCCGGAAGCGGGUAAGUCACUUGUUUCAAAUAUUUUUGAGCCGCCGGGCGAUCAGAAAGUAGCCCGGAUUGCCCGAAAAAAUACGAGCGGGCACAUGGAAAACAAAAUGGCCGAAAACGGAGGUAAAAGUUUUCUUGCUCGUAAAAUAUCCAUUUUUAUUAACUGAAAUAGUUUAAUUUUCUAUUAAUAUUCGGUUGUGAGAUAAUGGGUAACUUUUUCUGGUAGUUUUGUUUACUUUUAAACGACCAACACUAUAUUUUUGUUGAUGUUACAACUAAGUAUGUGAUUUUGGUGAACAAAUAAUUAGAAAACUGACUAGAUCUACUACCAUACAUGUAAUUAUAAAGAAGAUAUGGAGAAUAGCAGCAAUUUAUUACAUGUUUAUGUGUUUUGCAUAUGUGCUCUAAAAAUAUGCAUAACUUUUGUUUUUAUAUUUUGAUAGAUGGAUGUUGAAAGACGACUAGAUCGCUGGACUUGUUGUAUUUGUCACCAAAGAGCUCCACUCCAUUCUCUAGCAUCAUUAGAAGCACAAGAAAAUUCCAAAAAAACCGAAAUCUAUAUAGACGGAGAUUACAGAAUCUACCUGCGUUGUCCAGAGUGUAGUUUUUGCUUUCAUGCCAGUUGUGCCGAAUACGAACUUGAACUCUUCCUAACCAGGGAACUCGCUGGAACAUUGUGUGAAAAGUGUGCAUGUGCAAAAAACUAAGAUGUCUACAUCAAAGGUUAUAUCUGUUACUGUCACAAGAAAUGGUGUUGCUACUAAAAUUUCAUGUACUCGAGAAGUUGCAAAUAUGCUGAUGUCCAAGGAAAUAGAUUCAAAGGUAAAAGAAAUUAUCGUAAAUGAACUCUUAUUUCCACCCACACUGUCAUCUGCAAGACAGUCACCACCAUUGCCUUCUCCUUCAGCACCACCAUUGCCUGGUCCUUCAGCACCACCAUUGCCUGGUCCUUCAGCAGUACAGGAGGAAGAUACAAAUGCAACGUGGGAUGUGCAGAGCAUAAAACUGCUGAAGAGGGUCUUUCAUGAAAUAGAGAGCUCUUCAAAAUUGGUCAAAAACAAAUGUCAAAGGGUGGCCAGUGAUGUGAACAAAGAAGGAUACCAUUUCUCAGCAGAACAGUGCAGACUCAAAAUAAAGGGUCUGAAAUCAAAAUAUGAUCGGCAAAAGAAAAAAAAUAACACUUCUGGCGAGUCACCAGCUUCUGAUGAAAAUGAGGAUGAUUUUGAUGUUUUUGAAAAAAUCCCGGAUAUGAAACCCAAAGCAGUCCUGGAUUCAGGAAAUUCAAGAAAAAGGUCACCUGCUAAUGAUUCGUCAUCUGAUGAAAUAGAGCCUGUACCAGUGAAAAAGAAAGUCCCACCUAAAAGAUCAGCAGAGAUUUUGCAAGUGAUGUUAAAAGACCUAAUGGAAAGAAGAGAAGAAAAGGCAGAACGACACCAGGAAAAGCUUGCCACUGCCAACUCUCUCAUAGAAGUUUUGAAAGAGUUGGCAAAGAAAUGAUAUUACUGAGAUUUACUUUAAUAAGUUAAUGUACAGUAACUACAGACAGUAGAAAACUUUAUUUUUCUUUUACCUGCUUUGGGUUUCAUAUCCGGAUUUUUUACCUUAAGGUUUCAAUCACUUAUGAAGUCUUAUAAUUUUGUAUCUCAAAUUAAGUUUCGGAACAAUGUUUUGACCCUAUUGUUAGGUCACCCGAGUAAACUCGGGUCAUUUGUUGCAAUUGGUCUGUGUCCGUCGUGAUCCAUGGAAAUGUUUGUAUUGUUACCUGAUUAGAGGCAAUUGCAUACAUAUACAUGAGCCUUACAAAAUAAAUCUUUAUGAUACCCAUAUCAGGAUGAUAUGGAAUCAGUUAUUUUUUCUUAUGUUGAUGACUAUUUUUGUUUAUGUUGAUAACAUUUUUUUUUCUGUUGAUAAUUUUUGUUCUUGUUGAUGAAUACAAUAAAUGAUAAAAAAAAAUGUU